AGGGAGUACUUACCAGUAUCUGGGAGAUGACGCUAUCAGAGAGAAAAAAUGCAGCAUACAUUUUGGAACAUACAACUGCUCUGCCAUUCACAUAUUGCAGAUAUUACUACAAGUGUUUCUUUUGCAAACAACAAUUCACUGAAAUACAUAAUUUGUUACAACAUUCUAUAAGCCAUAACACGCCAAAACACGACGAAAUCCUAAAACAUUUACUACCAAAAGGAAAACGAACCGUAAAAGUAGACAUUUCAAAUCUUAAAUGUAAAAUAUGCGAUAAACAUUUCAUAAAUAUAGACGAAAUUCGAUUACAUUUAAAGUGUGAACAUUUAAUCUCAUUUACCGAUUCGGGUAAUGGGAUGGUGGCAUACAAUCUGAAAUUAAAAAAUGGACAAUACGAGUGUCAUAUAUGUGGUAAAUUAUUUCAAACUUUCAUACUAUUGAAUCGCCAUAUGAAUGUUCAUUUUAGUAAUGCAGUUUGUGAAACGUGUGGUGCGGGUUUUAUGACUUACCAAAGGUGGGAAAGAGACGAGCAUAUGGCAGAUGACGGUAUCAGAAAGAAGAAACGCAGCGACUUUCAUAAAAAACACCACAGUGCGACCAUUUACAUUUAUGGGCCAUAG